CUGCGGCUUCGGGUCUGCCCCUGCUGCCUGCCUCUGCGGCUGCACGCUCGGCCCCGCUGGCUGGAGCGGCGAGCCCUUCUGCCCCCAGCACCGUAUGUCCAGCUUCGCCGACUUCCCGGUGCCGUCGCAGGGCCCCUCCCAGACGGUGAUCAAAUACAAGACGGGGGAGGUGUGUCUGCUCUGGGACGACGGCCCGAGGGUGGAUUAUUACCAGGUGGGGUGUGGCGAUGACGAUGACGACGGCAAUGACGAUUACGAUGAGGACGGGUUCGACGGAUUCCAGUUCUUGGAUGUUCCCGUCGCGGAGCGGCCCAUUCCCUACAGCUACUGCGGCUUCCGCGAGUCCUUCCUGUGUUCGGACCUGCCUCCACAGCUCCCCCGGACAUCUCCGACCGUCCUCGAUGCGCGGCUGGAGCGGUUGCCCACGCCCCGCCUCACCUGGCUCACGGCGGAGGAAGCUGAGAGGAACGCGCAAGAGCUGGUGGCAGAGGAGGAGCGGGCAAAGAGAAAGGCAGAGAAGAAGAAGCUGAAGAAGAAGAAACAAAAAGACAGAAAGAAACGGGAGAAACUGGGCCAAGAGCAGAAGAACAAAGAGAACACUGACCCAAGCCGCUCAAGUGGCCCUGCAGGCACUGGGCCCCCCCCAAAUGGUGCUGAGGAUGAGGGAUGCUGCCCAGAGCCCUCCUCGUGCCCUGGGGACUCCACAGUCCCCUUGGGGGAGGAGCCUGAGCUGGAGGACACAGCAGUGACAGAGGUGAGGGGCAGUCUCCCCAGGGAGUCCAUCGCGGGGGGAGGCAACCCAGGACUCUCCCUGCCCAUCCCUGCCUGCUUCCCCAGGAGGAGCUGGACCUGA